UGUGGACGUCGAGAGACACAUAGACUGAGGUGGUGCUAACGACGAAUUAUUCUUUUGAAGUUUACAACUAUAAUAUUAUACAUAAGACAAUUCGUGUUCCUUUUUUUUCUUAUGAAUGAUAUUCAUCUCCUUUUUAUUACUUUAAUAAAUUGACUCUUAAUUUCUUUGUGUUGUAAAAAUAUCAGUAGUUUCUGUAGGCCUAAGUUGUGCAGCUGUAGUGUGUUUUGUGUGGUGUAAUUCUUGUACACAUUCCUACAAAUAUUAAUCUCCAAAACAAACAGUACAUUAUUUAAAAAAAAGAAUUAUGGUAUUUGAAGAAAUGGGCGUAUUUUUUGAAAUUGUCAAGUUAUCAGAGGAGAGAUUGGAUGAGCCAGUUCUGAAUUCGGAUACACAGUUUGAAGCAUAACACUUCAGAAGAUUUAUCAGUUUACUACAGAAUCUCCAAUCAGCUAAGUGAUUAGAUCUUUACAGUAUUUACAGAUAAACCCAUUCCAUAUCUGUAUUUCUCAUUUCAACUGUAUAGGUUGCAAAAAUGUCACGCAAUUAUAAAUCUCCAGAUCGAAAAAGACCCCUUUCUCCAUACAGCUCUGAUCGAUAUUAUGAUAGAAGAAGAAAUGUGUAUCGGGAUGAAAGAGAGAUAAAAUAUCCAAGAACUAGUGAUUCAUUUUCUAACUAUCGAAGGAGAUCUCCAAGCCGAAGUACUGAAUAUAGAUACCCACAAUCAAGAUAUCCAAGUAAUGAUACUUAUAAAAGAAGGGAAGACAACUAUAGAAGCCAUUAUACUAAAAAAGAUAACUAUCCAUACCAAAAUAAAACUGUAUUAGACUCAAGUCUUGAAAGAAAUAUCAAUUCCAACAUUACCAAAGAUAUAAGAAAUGAUCAUGAACAACUAUAUCAAAGAAGAAGUCCUUAUAAAUACCCACAAUCAGGGAAAUGUCCAUUUCAAAAAUCAAACAUAAGUAGUGAUCAUUCUUCACCUAAAGACAUUGAAAAGAAAAUAGAAGAUCCAAAAUGUUAUGAUGCUGGAAAUGAGGAGCCACAAAAUCAUCCUAAUAGUAAUUUUGAAGAAAAAGAAUGUGUAUCUGAUUUGUGUAAAACAUUUGUGAGUAACACAAAUUUAGAGAGUGAUAAUGAAAUUAAUGACAAUAACCCAUCAACUGUGGAAGUAAGUGAUAACACAAACCAACAAACCCCAAACAUAGAUAAAGAACCCGAUUGCCAAAUAAUAGCUGUAAUAGGAAAAGAUAAUUCUGAAAGACCUACUUCAUCUUUAAGUUCUUUAAAUAAUCAAAUGUGCACUGAGAAACAAGCCUCCAAUUCAGAUUGUACUUCUACUGAUGAAAUUUCUCAGGGUGAGAAUGUGAAAAGUAAUGUUGAAGAAGAAAUCAGUGAAGAAAGUCGACUCAUACAAAUGAAUCCAGCUUUGAGAGAGUUUGAUGUAUUAGACGAUUUGGAAGGAAAUGAACAUGAAGAGAAUGAAGCUCAACAGUCAAACUCAAGUGACUAUGAAUCAGAUGGUAGUGAAGAAGUUCCACUUGAUGACCUUGAUGCAAUGCUUGAAGAAGGAUUACCUGAUAAAUUCAAAGAUUCAGGUAAAAAUAAAGAACACAGUAUCAGAUUGAAACGUAAAGUAGUUUUAGAGGAAAUCGGUCAUGAUCAUUUUGAUUUAUUGCCAGAAGGUUGGAUCCAAAUUAUGCACAAUAGUGGCAUGCCUGUUUACUUGCAUCAAAAGAGCAGAGUUUGUACAAUGGCCAGACCUUAUUACUUGGGACCAGGUAGCUCACGUAAUCAUAAAAUUCCUCUUAGUGCCAUUCCUUGUUUGCAAUACAGGCGAGCUCUGGAGGUGGAGAAAAAAAAUAAAGAAGAAAAGGAAAAAUUAAGUGUGCAAAAUCAAAGUCAGCCUGAACUACAGUUAAUGACAGCUAAAAUAGAAACUUCUGAAGAAAAUGAGGCUUCACAGUCCUUAGAAGCUUUAGAUCUUCGAGAAUAUUGCAAAAGUAUAUUUAAUUUUAAAACAAUAACUCUCAUACCAUUUAAGUCAUGGGCGGAUAGAAGGAAGUAUGUUAGAAUGACUAAAGAUCUUAAGAAACGACAAAGGCCAUCAUUACCUGGUGGAACAAAACUUUUAAAGUUUCCGACCCAAAACCCAGAUGGUACAAACUCAAGGUCUAAAGGAGAGUGGAUAAUCAAUCCUAAUGGAAAAAGUUAUGUUUGUAUACUCCAUGAGUAUGUCCAACAUGCACUUAGAAAACAUCCCAAAUACCAGUUUAAAGAAUUAGAAAAUCCAGCUACUCCAUAUUCAGCAACAGUAUUUAUUGGAGACAUGCAGUAUAGUGUUGGUGUGGGAGCAAGUAAGAAGCAAGCCAAAGUUGAAGCAGCUAAGGCUGCAUUAGAAGUUCUUAUACCUGAAAUGAAAGAUAAAAUUGAGCGAGAUAGUCAGUUUGGCAUGCGUUCAGGAAUUGCAAAAAGGUCCCAAAAUAAUGACAUUUCUAUUUUUGACCAAAUCAAAGUAGAAGAUCCAAGGGUUGCAGAGUUCUGUGCAAAAACUACAGAGCCUCCACCUUAUGCAAUUCUUCUCACUUGUCUUUCAAGGAAUAUGGGCCUUGGAGACAUAAAAGUAAACUAUGAAAUGAAUUCGAAAAAACACAAGGAAGAUGAGUUUACAAUGACUGUAGGAAACCACACAGCUACAGUUACAUGUAAGAACAAGCGUGAUGGCAAGCAGAGAGCAGCACAAGCCAUUCUUCAAUCUCUGCAUCCUAAUAUAACAUACUGGGGUUCUCUACUGAGAAUGUAUGGAAACAGAUCCAUUAAGAAUGUUAAAGAGAAGAAACAAGAAGAACAGGAGAUCACUGGAUUGCAAAGCAAAGCUUCAUUGAAUCAACCCAACUUUGCUAUUUUAGAAAAACUGAAAACAGAAAUGUUGAAAUUGAAAGAAAAAAGGGAGGCAGUUAAAGCUAAGGGAAAGUUCACUCCACCUGAAAAUAUUAUUUUGCCCUCUCUUUCAUCCACAGAUCUUAACAAAGUAAACUUAUCAUAGUUAUUUAUUUAGAUUCAGCUUACUUUCUUAUUUGUUCCAUUUUCAAAUGAUUUUUCUUUAACUCUAAUUUUUGUCAUUAAGUUUUGUUCUUUAGUAUAGUAAAGUAUUGUAUAGGGUAAUAUAAGUAUAUGAGAGACUUAUAAUAUUGAAUAAUAUGAAAGUCAUUUUAUUCGACAACUAUAAAUAUCAUAUAUUACAAUAGUACUAAACAAAACUAAAUAAUUGCAAAUUGUUUACAAGUACCCCUAAGUUUUUUCAGUAACAAAAAUUCAGUAUCAAAAGGUACUGACUCUAUUCAUUAAUUCUGAUUCCUUUUUACACUUACAAAAAAUGAGUUAAUAUUUCAUUAUAUCAAAUCCCCAUCAUACAAUGACUGAGGUAUUUUUUAACAAACAUGCAUUUAAAUAUUAGAUUUUAGUGUUUUAAUUAAUUAGACUGCACUAUUUCAAUUUUGAGAUGCAUUUACACUUUAAAUAUAUGUUUUGUUUAUAUGGUUUUGUUCUAUAAUGUGUUUAGUUUGUUUUCUUGGAUUGUUUACCUAUUAGAAAAAUUUAUAUCUUCAAAAAUCGUGUAUAUUUUUAUAUACACAUGUAUAUUUGUUUUGUAUAUCUAUUUUGAUAAAAUUAAUUACCAUAUGUCUGAUGAAGUCUAUAUCAAGAUCACAAAGAUGAUAAAUAUAUAUAACAUCUAAAAAAAAUAUUAAUAUCGACUGAUUAUGGUCAAUUUUGUUACCUUGAAAAAAACAGUCAAUGAUUUGUGAUAAAUGAGUUAUAUCUCGAGUAAACUGAGUUCCUUGAUGUAAAAACAUUAGAUAUUUUUAUCAACUAAUAUUAUUAGCUUAACAUUAACCUUGUUGGACCCUUAUUUUAUACAUUUUAUACUGUGUUCAUAGUGUAGUACAAUACAAAUCAUACAUCUAAAUUUAAAUAAUGUUAGAAUUAAAAGAUUUAAGUGUGAAAUAUAGCAGCAAAAAUCUUGUUCCUUAAUGUUGUUUUUAUAGCUUUAUGUAAUGUGUAACAUUAGUUAAAUUCUAAAGUAACUGAGAUUGAAUCAUCUCACAAACAAUAUAAUUACAUGUCAACAAGUCUUUCAUCCUGUAAUAUUCAUUUGUCUUUAUAUUUGUUAAGUGACUACACAUGUAUUUUUUAAGUGAUUGAACCCCUUUCUUGUACAAGUUUUAUCUUCAAUUCUGGGAACUUUUUCAAACAAAUUGAGUUGUAUUUUACAUGAAAGAGUUUGUUUUACAGAUGUGUAUUGAAUGUCUGUGAUAAGAUUACAUUUAAAUUAUAUGAUAUUUUGUACGAAUGUAACUAUUCAAAUGAAAUAAAAACACAUAUGUUUGUUAGUA